UCUCCUCUGCAAGAAGGGAAGUGACCGCAGGUCAGCGCCAAGGUCAAGCAGGCAGACCCGCAGUGAGACCCGUUGAGCUGCUUGCUUCUGGUGCUGGCGCCUCUGAGCUGGGCAGAGAAGCUUACAGACUCCCACGUCCAGGGUGCAUCUUGGCUCACAUCUUGUCCCCUCAGCCACAGCUGGGGGUGCUGCUGAUCCUCCCAUUCCCCUCUGGGUCACAUAUCCCCUCAUCGUGUCCUCAGACGCUUCAGCAUGCCGGGAACUCUGUGCUGUGUCACCUGGCGGAGCCUCUUCCAUUCGUCUCCUGCCUUAGAUUCCCUGAAUUGGCUUCCCUUUCGUGGAAUCGCCAGUUUCUCUUCAAGUUCAAUGAAGGUCACAUUACUGUCCAUCCACUGUGUGCUGAAUGUUGUCCAGGGGCUAUUCAGUAGUCACCCGACAAACACUUGGGCGACCGCCUACUAAGUGCUGGCACUGGGGAUACAGUGAUGAAAACAGCACAGUUCCUGCCCCUCUGAGUGCGCAAUUUAGUGAGAAAUGAACAUGAUUACCGGCUCCUGGGGUUCUUAAUGGCUGCCUUCAGCACAGAGAAAUUAAGUGACUUGCCCAAGGCCACAUAGCUGCUUAGGGGUCAAGGUGGGAUCUCAAGAGGGGACUGUGGUAGAUAUGUUAAGCAUCUCAUAUGGCAAUGACCCAGUGAUGUUGGUUUUCCUUCUAGAACAAGGUGUUAAACUUUGUUGUCCUGUAAAGUGCCAGAUACUAUUUUUUUUCUCUUGGAGGCUCACAUGGUCUCUGUCACAACUAUUCCACUCUGACUAUAACACCAAAACUGCUAUAGACAGUAGUAAAUGAGUGGGUGUGGCUGUGUUCCAAUAAAACUUUAUUUGCAGGCACCAAAAUUUGAAUUUUGUAUAGUUUGCACGAGUCAAGAGGCAUUCAUCUUUUUUUUUUUCAACCUUUUAAAAACUCACAAAUUAUUCUUAGCUCAAGGGCUGUAGCAAAACAGGCUGCGGGGCUGGUUUUGAUCUGCGAGCCUUAGUUUGCCAACCUCUGUUUAGAAUGCAUGGGUUGUCUUUCUUCCUCUUUCUUUCUGGUGUGAAUUGGUUCUCUUCCAUCGGUGUCAAACAUGUGAGCCCAGGAGACCCAAUGCCAGAAAGACUCAGCAUGCCUGGGAACGUCAGGGCACCCUCUUUCAUCUUCUUUGCUUUCUCUCUGCUCCUUGACACUCAUCUUGCACCUGGGCUUUGAGAAAGCUGGGGAGGCUGUUUUUCAGCAGGGCCAUGAGGUGGCCUUGUCUCUGUUCACUUUGGUUUCAUAAAUGGCCUCUUUUGACCACCACAUGUCUAGGAAAUGCUUCCCUAUAUUCAGAAAAUGGUCAUAGAUUAUUAUGAAAAAGUAUCACUUUAUCCUAAACAUUCUAAAGCACUUUUUCAUGCAAGCCCUAUGAGGGUAUAAUAUUUUGCUGUUUUGUGCCCUGCUGUACCUGCCGGGACAAUACCCGGUGCCUACUGGGUUCCACUAGGUCUUGACAAUCACCUAAUUCUCAUCACAGAAAGGGUGCAUUUUAUUUUUCAGCUGGACCGCACACAAGUAUUUGCAUAGUCAGUGUCCUGUCCCACCUCAACAGCACGCCUUUGAGGUAUAGAGUAGCCUUUCCACUAAAGAAGAGGUAACCGAGGCUCAGAGAGGCCCCCUGACUUGCCCAAGUCACAUGAUCAGUCGAUGGUGAGACUAGGACUCUAGUACUUCCUGGCUCAGCUUGUUGCGUGGCCCCUCAGCACCUUUGGGUCUUGUUCUGUGUGUGGUUUGAGUUUUGGCUUUAGAGAGUUUGUGAUAAGUGCCUUUGACUGUUUCCCAAGCUGUUGCUAUUCCCUUACCACUUCGAGGAUUUCGAUUUUUUCACAAGCCACGUACCACCUGUACUAUGAUGAUGAUGAUGAUGAUUGUUAUUUUAGACAGAGUCUCACUCUGUCGCCCAGGCUGGAGUGCAGUGGUGCGAUCUCGGCUCACUGCAACCUCUGCUUCCCAGGUUCAAGUGAUUCUCCUGCCUCAGCCUCCCCAGCAGCUGGGAUUACAGGCGCCUGCCACCACGCCUGGCUAAUUUUUUGUAUUUUUAGAAAAGAGGGGGUUUCACCAUGUUGGCCAGGCUGGUCUCAAACUCCUGACCUCAGGUGAUCCACCCGCCUUGGCCUCCCAAAGUACUGUGAUUAUAGACAUUAGCCACCACACCCAGCCCUACCUAUGCUAUUAUUAACUUAAUUUUUUUUCUAUAAAUGGGCUCAUUUUUAUUUUUACUUUAAAAAAUCAUAUGAAAAGGAAACAUUAUGUCACUAAUAUCAUAGGAAACCAAGAUCAUGUGACAUGGCAGAAGGCAACUAGAAGAAUAAACCCAAUGGGAAUAAUUCCACAUUAUUGAAUUCUAGGUGGACGUGGCUGUCUCCAAGGCUCUGGACAAGAUCUACUUUCUUUGUUUAAAAGAAAGGGGAUGGGGGAGGGUGGAAAUUGGUAAGUGGUAAAAGAUGUUAACAUGUAGUGGUACCAAAUUGAGACUUUCUCCUCCUUAAAGGAGAAUCGGAAAAAAGAUAAUAACUUUCUCCCUCUUGAUUCAAAGUUUUGAGUUUGAGUCCCACCUCAGUUCACCUCUGGGACAUGCCCGAGGUUGGGAUGCAGUACUUCCGACCUAUCUAGCUUACUUGGCCCAUUUGGAAAACCACCUUAAAGAGAAGGAGGGAGUCUGUGCCUUGAGAACCCAGGAGACGAAGAUGGGGAGGUGGGGUGGGGCCACAACAGGAAGGGAGGACCUCCUUCCUCAAGAGGACCAGAUUAGGGCUUCCUUUUUAGUUCCCUCUAUUUGUGGGUGGUGAUAGGAAACACCCCACCAUCACCAUUGGAGCAGAAUUGGAAGGUAGGGCCUCCGGGAGGGCGGGAGAGCCAAGUAACAUCCACUGUGUGCCUGCCUGCAUGUUAGCUAAUCAUGUCCUUUUGGGUUGGCUACAUGGCUAUUUCUGUAUAGGAAGGUUUGCUCUUCUCCUGAAGUGUGGCUGCAUUGGAUAGCAUGACUAUCUAUCUGCCCGCUCUGAUUCAUAACAGCAUAAGGUGCAAAUCAAAUCGAAAUGCUAAAGUUUCCCAUUUAUUUGGUGUUGGUUAACCAGGAGGCUACCAGCAGCCCUGAAAAUAGCAACACCUUGUUAGGAUGUUAGGAAGUCAGCUCUCUUCCCAGGAUGGGCAGUUGGAACCAUUAAACGAGGGUUUUCUUUCUAGAAUCUCUGAUCUGCUGCUGUGCAGAUGGACCUGCCGGCACUGCUGUCAGAAGUGCUAUGAGUCCAGCUGUUGCCAGUCAAGUGAGGAUGAAGUUGAAAUUCUGGGACCUUUCCCUGCUCAGACCCCUCCCUGGCUGAUGGCCAGCCGGAGCAGUGACAAGGAUGGUGACUCUGUCCACACGGCCAGCGAAGUCCCGCUGACCCCACGGACCAAUUCCCCGGAUGGAAGACGCUCAUCCUCAGACACAUCCAAGUCUACAUACAGCCUGACGCGGAGGAUUUCGAGUCUUGAGUCAAGACGUCCCAGCUCUCCACUCAUCGAUAUUAAACCCAUCGAGUUUGGCGUUCUCAGCGCCAAGAAGGAGCCCAUCCAACCUUCGGUGCUCAGACGGACCUAUAACCCCGACGACUAUUUCAGGAAGUUCGAACCCCACCUGUACUCCCUUGACUCCAACAGCGACGACGUGGACUCUCUGACAGACGAGGAGAUCCUGUCCAAGUACCAGCUGGGCAUGCUGCACUUCAGCACUCAGUACGACCUGCUGCACAACCACCUCACCGUGCGCGUGAUCGAGGCCAGGGACCUACCACCUCCCAUCUCCCACGACGGCUCGCGCCAGGACAUGGCGCACUCCAACCCCUACGUCAAGAUCUGUCUCCUGCCGGACCAGAAGAACUCAAAGCAGACCGGGGUCAAACGCAAGACCCAGAAGCCCGUGUUUGAGGAGCGCUACACCUUUGAGAUCCCCUUCCUGGAGGCCCAGAGGAGGACCCUGCUCCUGACCGUGGUGGAUUUUGAUAAGUUCUCCCGCCACUGUGUCAUUGGGAAAGUUUCUGUGCCUUUGUGUGAAGUUGACCUGGUCAAGGGCGGGCACUGGUGGAAGGCGCUGAUUCCCAGUUCUCAGAAUGAAGUGGAGCUGGGGGAGCUGCUUCUGUCACUGAAUUAUCUCCCAAGUGCUGGCAGACUGAAUGUUGAUGUCAUUCGAGCCAAGCAACUUCUUCAGACAGAUGUGAGCCAAGGUUCAGACCCCUUUGUGAAAAUCCAGCUGGUGCAUGGACUCAAACUUGUGAAAACCAAGAAGACAUCCUUCUUAAGAGGCACAAUUGAUCCUUUCUACAAUGAAUCCUUCAGCUUCAAAGUUCCCCAAGAAGAACUGGAAAAUGCCAGCCUAGUGUUUACAGGAUCCAACAGCCCCAUACCAGCCUGUGAACUGAGUAGUCACCCAGCUCAUGGUAUCAGUCCUUGGAUACCCUCACCUGGAAAUGAACAUUUCCAUGGCAUAAAGAAGCAAGUAAAGGCAAUAAAAGUAGAAUGA